UAAUGUUUGCACAAGUUUUAUAUAUUUAUACAUGUAUAUACAUAUAUGUAUAAUUUAAAGAAGAAAGAAAGAAUAAAUGAAUGAGAGAGAGAUGGAGAGAGUGUAUGUGUGAGAGAGAAAAAAAGAUACAAGGUAAGCGAAUAAGAGACUGACAAAGAGAGUGAGGGAGACGUGCAGUGAUGAUGGCGACCAUCCCAGCUUGGAUUGUUUUGUCAGACAUGUACGCAAACCGCCGCAGCCGUCAUCGACGACGACGGGCAAUCGUGUGGUGUGGCGGUCGCUGGGAAUGGUAACCAAGCGCAGAUUUACAGGAGCAAUAAUUAACAAGGAUAAUAAUUAUAGUAAUAAUUAAUUAAUUCCAUUGACAAUAAUUCCGAACUAAAUAGUGGUGUGCUAUGUGAGUGUUUUGUGUUUUUGAUGUCCGUCUCGUCAACAUCGUCAUAUAUUAGGGAGAGAGAGAGAGAGAGACAGAGCGAGCGAGGGAGAAAGAGAGUCAGCAUAGCUAGUUAGCUAGCUGCAAGCCAGUUUUCUUUGAUGAAUGAAGAGAUGUAACAGGGAAGGAAUGCAAUAUCACUAGUUAUAGAAGAAUCAUAUACACGCGCGCAUAUAUAUAUAUAUAUAUAUAUAUAUAUAUAUAUUCUGUCAACAGAUUUGAAACUUUUCACUGUAAGACCCAAACCAAAGCAGAAAUAUCAUACAAGGAAAAAGCAUAAAGAAGAAAAAAUUUAAGUCUAUCUCUUUCCCCCAGAGCAUGCCAGCCUUGGCCUCUGUGCUGGGUUCACCAUGGCUCACAUAUUCCAUGGUUACGAACUGUUACUGUUUAAAAGAUUCCAUUCGGAACCGAGCCUUUGGUUGGAAUGGAAGAAUAAGCUAUUGGAGAAAAGCCGCGAUGCCCCAUCACCUACGUCUCUCAUUGACCUGGAAGACAUCGGAGGGUUGCCACAAGGACUUUGGUACCUCUCGGUUACCCUCCAUAAGAGGCAACGCUACCUUAUGCACCUCAUCAGAGAAGAAGCGCAAAAAGAAAAGAGAGGGUGUUACAAGAAAACAGGUGAAACUUUGCUAUCAUUGUAUCUGAACUAUUACCAGUUUACAGAAUUUCAUUUGGAUAGCAUAUUCAAAUACGGCGACGACAACCGGCUACCAAGGGAGAUCUUUAAGUGUGCAAAUGUGACACACUUGUCAUUGAAAUACAACAGCUUGGACCAUCUACCUGCAGACAUUGGUCGAAUGAAGCAGCUGGAAUAUCUGGCAUUGACCAACAACAAGCUGCAAGUCAGUGCAAUUCCAUACACGCUAACCUUCUGCACCAAGCUGAAAACUAUCCUGCUGGACAACAACUUACUGGAUGCUCUCCCUGGAUUCUUGCUUACCAUGCCCUCCAUCGAGACUGUGUACCGUCACGGUAACCACAACUACUUCAAAGCCACAUUUAUGUGGUACCACACCGACGUGAACUAUCGGAUUAUCCCAGCUGGAGGGUUUGGCGUUGCCAUGUCUAAGGUGCCAGCCAGUCUUCAGUUCUGGGCUGCAAAGUCUGUGAUUGGACAAAAGAUAGACUUUUAUAACAACAGCUGUAUUGCUGAUAUACUAAAGGACUAUAUUUCAGAGCUCUAUUAUAAAUUUUACUUGUGUCACUAUUGCAAGCAGGCUCUUCUCCGACAUCUACCUGGUUACAAAGUUAUCACUUUCAAAAACCCCUAUUUGGGUAACAGUUGUGUCCCAUUCCAACACUGGGCCUGCUCUCUGGAUUGUGCCAAGGCUCUUGAAGUACCUGCCCGCAUUGAGCAGAUUGCAGCUGCCACCAAGCUUGACCGCCAGUAUGAGGACUAUGUCAACCGGUGUCAGCAGCUUUUCCGAACGGUGCAUUCUGGUGCCAACCGCAUGUGUGUGUGUAGCCGGGAGUCCCUGCAUAGUUCGUGCCCUUCGGGUGCUGGCGACGACGAUGGACGCAGCCACUGUCACUACUGUACUGCAUUGGAUGCUGGCAGAGAUGACAAAGAGUCUAGCUGUUAUUGCUGUCUCCAGUAGCCAUUGGGUUCGCACCAAACAACAAGGGUUUGCGUUCUGCCAACGACUUGUUGUUGUCAGGGGCCAAUGGAAAGGCAGAUGCCGACUGCUGUCACUUGAGAGAGAGAGAGAGUGAAAGAAAGCAACAUGGAAUAUGAAUGAAUAAGAGUAUGAGAGGUAGAAAGAGAAAGAAAGAUUGAGAGGGAGAAAAAGAAAGGGAGAGAAUCAAAGUCUCCCCAAAAUCUGAAGCAUAUGUUUUGAUCAGACAAUUUUUUGUGUUUUUUUUUAUUUCAUGGCGGGUUGGGAGGUUAGGGUCAAGUUGAUUGAAUUGAGGUGACAGGGAG